ACGCAUUACCACUUGUACGUUCUCAUACGUAUAUAUAUAUGUAUGGCCGAGAGGUUCGGCUGCUUCUCACUUGCACUUCUCUCCGGUUGGUAGAAGCUAGAAACCAUGAGAACUGAGCAGAGCUCCGUGGUGACGUCAUCCUCCUCCUCAAUGUCGACGCCGUCGUGCCGCUCUCGUUUCUGGUCUUCGGCGCUGAGGUCGAAACCGCUUGCUCCGGCGCCGGAUACUUCCGUCCGGGCGGAAUCGGGUGACGGUCUUGUUCGGCGGUUAGGUCUCUUUGAUCUCAUUCUACUUGGAAUUGGCGCCUCCAUCGGCGCCGGUAUAUUUGUUGUCACUGGAACCGUGGCCCAUGAUGCUGGUCCUGGAGUUACCAUUAGCUUCAUCAUUGCGGGAGUAUCUUGUGUGCUGAAUGCACUCUGUUAUGCUGAAUUAGCUUCUCGCUUUCCCGCAGUUGUUGGAGGAGCAUACCUAUAUACGUACUCAGCUUUCAAUGAGAUCACUGCUUUUCUAGUUUUUACUCAGUUGAUGCUUGACUAUCACAUUGGUGCUGCUAGCGUAGCACGAAGCCUAGCAAGCUAUGUGGUUACUGUACUGGAGCUGAUCCCUUUCUUCAAGGAUAACAUUCCAAGCUGGGUUGGGCAUGGUGAAGAAGUUCUGGGAGCAUUGUCAAUUAACAUAUUAGCUCCUAUCAUCCUAGUGCUUCUAACUGUGGUUCUGUGUAGGGGUGUUGGGGAAUCUUCAAUAUUGAACUCAAUCAUGACAGUGACAAAGAUUUUGAUUGUUUUAUUUGUCAUCAUUGUCGGAGCUUUUAAGGUCAAUGUGUCAAAUUGGACUCCUUUUGCUCCAAAUGGUUUUAAGUCAAUACUGACAGGAGCAACCGUGGUCUUCUUUGCAUAUGUAGGAUUUGAUGCAGUUGCUAAUUCUGCUGAAGAAUCCAAGAGACCCCAGAGGGACUUACCAUUAGGCAUAAUUGGUAGCCUCAUGGUCUGUGUUGCAUUGUACAUUGGAGUCUGCUUAGUGAUUACUGGAAUGGUUCCAUACCAAUACCUUGGAGAAGAAGCACCUUUGGCUGAAGCUUUCACCUCCAAGGGCUUGAAAUAUGUCUCUGUAUUAAUCAGCUUUGGUGCAGUUGCUGGACUUACAACAACACUUUUGGUUGGGCUUUAUGUUCAGUCUCGGUUGUAUCUUGGACUUGGAAGGGAUGGUUUACUACCAGCUAUGUUUGCCAAAGUACACCCAACACGACAUACCCCAAUUCAUUCACAAGUUUGGGUUGGUCUUAUAGCCAGCACCUUGGCAUGCCUUCUUAACGUCCAUGUGCUCUCACAUAUUCUAUCAGUUGGAUCCUUGACGGGGUAUUCAGUUGUUUCAGCAUGUGUGGUAAGGCUGCGUUGGAAGGAUGAGACAUCAAGUCAGGCUUCUACUAAGUUGAUUUCUAGCAGGGCAGAAGGCAUCAUUUACCUCCUUGCUAUUGCCUGUUGUGGUUUUACUGCUGGAGUACUCUUCCGUUUUGGUGCUUCAUUUAUUUUCCUGAUUGUAGCUGCUGUUAUUGGAAUCCUUUCUGCUGCAGCUCUUUAUGUACGGCAUAUUCAUCCUAAUCCACCAGGUUUUUCUUGUCCUGGAGUUCCAGUAGUUCCAUCUAUCAGCAUUUACCUUAACAUGUUUUUAUUUGCUCAGCUGCACUAUGAAGCCUGGGUGAGAUUUGUAGUCCUCAGCAUUGUUGCACUUGGUAUUUAUGCAUCGUAUGGCCAGUUUCAUGCCGACCCAGACGCUGCUGAUGGAGUUUAACUUCCUACCCAAAGAAAGUCGACAAAUUCCUGAUCAUGUUCUUGGCAGUUGGAAUGAGUUACAGGUAUAAGGAGCUUCUGGAUCUACUAGAUUUCUUGAUUUAAAUCGAAAUUUCACCAAAACUUACUAUAAUGGGGAACAUCAGAAUCAUAUAAUUUUCUAACUGCAUUGUAUGUACAUGCAAAUAGGGAGAGAGAGAGAUUAGCGUAAUGGAAAGCUGUCAGCGAGAUGUAUGUGUGUACAUCACGUUUUAGCACUAAACUAAUUCAUGCUAUCAAUCAAACAUUUUUCUGUUUUUAUGCUAUCACGUUAACUUUUUGCUGCUUCAGCUAGAAACACCAGGAAAUUCUGCUAUAUGAAUCAAAGUAUUGAACAAGAUGGAUAAGGAAAAUGUAGCUAUGCUCCUGAUUAGUUUUAUUUCCUAAUCCUCCUAUGAGCUCAUGUUCCAACUUUUAACUGGCAUACACAAGUGCAGAGUUUCUUAGCGGCACCAAGAAAUAAUCAACUAUCACAAAAACAGAGAACUUAAAACAGCCUGUACUCAACUGCAGACAACAUCAGAGUAAAAUCCAAUUGUCCGUCUUGUGCAAUCUUGAAUGCUCAC